AUGUUUAAAAUAACGGCUAUAGUGUCUUUGAUGCUUAUCGGAAGCACGGUAUGGGGUACAUUUUCGUGCGACUCUUGCGGCAACGAAUGCGUGAAGGCGUGCGGUACCAAACACUUUAGGGCAUGCUGCUUCAAUUAUCUCAGGAAGAAACGGGGACCCGAACAUGUCAAGUUCUGGACCCCAAGCGGAAUGGAGGUGAAAAUGGACUCGCCCUACAAGACCAAACUACCUAUCAUAGCCGUCGAAACGUUACCCGACUUCUUCGGAGAGCUGUCCAAGGAUUUUGAACCUAACCCCUUCGAAGAUAUGGUUGAUACUAGAAUGUAUGAGGUUUAAGCUGUUUUGAUUAGGCUGCAAUACUCU